UUGAACUCGAGUUGGAAGAGGCGAGUCCGGUCUCAAAAUGGAGGGCCAUGAUCCAAAGGAACCAGAACAGUUGAGGAAGCUGUUUAUUGGUGGUCUGAGCUUUGAAACCACAGAUGAUAGCUUAAGAGAACAUUUUGAGAAAUGGGGCACACUUACAGACUGUGUGGUAAUGAGAGAUCCCCAAACAAAACGUUCCAGGGGCUUUGGUUUUGUGACCUACUCUUGUGUUGAAGAGGUGGAUGCUGCAAUGUGUGCUCGGCCACACAAGGUUGAUGGGCGUGUGGUGGAACCAAAGAGAGCUGUUUCUAGAGAGGAUUCUGUAAAGCCUGGUGCCCAUUUAACCGUGAAGAAAAUUUUUGUUGGUGGUAUUAAAGAAGAUACAGAAGAAUAUAAUCUGAGAGACUACUUUGAAAAGUAUGGCAAAAUUGAAACCAUAGAAGUUAUGGAAGACAGGCAGAGUCGAAAAAAGAGAGGAUUCGCUUUUGUAACUUUUGAUGAUCAUGACACAGUUGAUAAAAUUGUUGUUCAGAAAUACCACACUAUUAAUGGGCAUAAUUGUGAAGUGAAAAAGGCCCUUUCUAAACAAGAGAUGCAGUCUGCUGGAUCACAGAGAGGUCGUGGAGGUGGAUCUGGAAACUUUAUGGGUCGUGGAGGAAAUUUUGGAGGUGGUGGAGGUAAUUUUGGUCGUGGUGGAAACUUUGGUGGAAGAGGAGGCUAUGGUGGUGGAGGUGGUGGCAGCAGAGGUAGUUAUGGAGGUGGUGAUGGUGGAUAUAAUGGAUUUGGAGGAGAUGGUAACUAUGGUGGUGGUGGGAACUAUAAUGACUUUGGAAAUUAUAGUGGACAACAGCAAUCAAAUUAUGGGCCCAUGAAAGGGGGCAGUUUUGGUGGAAGAAGCUCAGGCAGUCCCUAUGGUGGUGGCUAUGGAUCUGGUGGUGGAAGUGGUGGAUAUGGUAGCAGAAGAUUUAAAAAAAAAAAGCAGAAAAGGGCUACAGUUCUUAGCAGGAGAGAGAGCGAGGAGUUGUCAGGGAAGCUGCAGGUUACCUUGAGACAGUCGUCCUAAAUGCAUUAGAGGAACUGUAAAAAUCUGCCACAGAAGGAGCGAUGAUCCAUAGUCAGAAAAGUUACUGCAGCUUAAACAGGAAACCCUUCUUGUUCAGGACUGCCAUAGCCACAGUUUGCAAAAAGUGCAGCUAUUGAUUCAUGCAAUGUAGUGUCAAUUAGAUGUACAUUCCUGAGGUCUUUUAUCUGUUGUAGCUUUCUUUUUCUUUUUCUUUUCAUUACAUCAGGUAUAUUGCCCUGUAAAUUGUGGUAGUGGUACCAGGAAUAAAAAAUUAAGGAAUUUUUAACUUUUCAAUAUUUGUGUAGUUCAGUUUUUCUACAUUUUAGUACAGAAACUUUAACAAAAAUGCAGUUUUGAAGGUGUUUCCUUGUGAGUUAACAAGUAAAGAAGAUCAUUGUUAAUUACUAUUUUGUAUGAAUUUUGCUAAAGUUAACUGUAAAGAAACACCUACUGACUUGCAAUUUAAGGGGAAUCUAUUCUCCCCAUUUCCAAAACCAUGAUGAAUGGGCACUGAUAUGUGGAGAGAAUAGAUAAUCUGUAUGUUUGCAAUGUGUGUUUUAGAUAAUUAGGAUUGGGUAAUAAAAAUUAGCAUAUUUGUGAAUUUAA